CAAUGUGAGAUAACACCAUUUCGUUAACUUAUUCAAUGUGUACAAACAACGAUAAGCACAUUGUUCGCGGACAAUGAAUCAAAAUAGGUGCCAGAAGUGUGGUCAGUGGCUGUUCUGUCCAUGCUCUGUGACGUCUUCACUGGCCAAGACCGACUGGUACAGAGUCUGGAGAAGAGUGAACAUCCUCCUAAACACUAGAAGGAGCGGCGAUCCACACCCGGUAAGCAGAAGGCUCCGGGUUCACCUCUGGCAGCACAAGGUCUCCGUGAUGGUCCGUGAUCCGACGUGGAGGCUCGCGUUGAGUCAGCUCCAAGUAAUCGACAUAAGUUGUGCUCCUUGCCAAGAGCCUGGGGCAUACUCCUGCUACAUGUGUCAGCUGCACGCGUAUCUCAGACUUGAGACUCUGGUCUCUGUUGGCUUCACUGUGUUGACUUCCUGCAGGUCAUGCGGAACAUCGUCUUUGUGUCUCUGUCGAGACCGUAGAAACGAUCUCAGCGUCACGAUUCCAACGCGCUUGAGGUAUUGGAUUCGUGAUACUCUGACUGGAACACAGUGCCCUCUGUUUUCUCCUGGAGUGUCCAGCAAUAACUAUCGAAAGAGGUGGAAAUAUUUGUUACAAAACCUUGUUUUGAUAUAUGGUAACACAUAUUUACCGGACUUAAUCGCUCAUGUCCAGGAACAUAAAACUCCACAACGGAAUACUUCUCGGCUUUUCGAUUCAAGUGGUCAUUUAUAUUUAUCCACAUAUCAGGAGAGUAACACUGUUGGUCAUUCUACUGGACGUCCACUUAAGACCUGUCGCACUGACGAUGUGACCAGGAACAGUGUAUGCCCGUGUUUACUUCAUUUACUCCGAUUAGGACGACGUCCUGUUCAAGUUGAAAGGUGCCAUAUUGAAGAUGGGGCUCUAGAGACAACAAAAGCGCAAGCAUUAACACUCACCCGUUUGAGCAAUCCAAACCAAGAAUCUGUUACAUCUUCAGAGCAAGCUAGGGAUGCUAGAAGUAAAACUCUUGCCCUUCAGAUUUCGGAUGUUGUUGUCCCAGGACAGGAAGACAUCACAGCCAAAGAAGCUCUCCUGCUGUGGAGUAGGAGGACCACAGAGGGCUACCCGGGGGUAAAGAUAAGAGAUUUCUCCUCUUCCUGGAGAGAUGGAAAAGCUUUUCUCUCCAUCUUACACAGAAAUAGGCCAGAUUUGGUAGAUAUCAGGCAGGUCAAACACAAUAGCAACAAACAAAAUUUGGAAAUAGCUUUCAGCAUUGCUGAGAGAGAAUUUGGUGUCACUAGGCUGUUGGAUACUGAUGAUGUCGAUGUACCUCACCCAGAUGAGAAAUCUAUCAUCACCUAUGUUUCCUCAUUAUAUGAUGUCUUCCCUGUUGUCCCCAGUGUGGAACAAACUCUCAGAGAUAAUGAAAGACAACUCAAGAUUGAGGAGUACAAAGAAUUAUCAAUGUCCCUCCUUACCUGGCUGAGAGAUGCCAUUAAACUAAUGCUCUCCAGAAACUAUCCCACAACACUACUUGAAAUCAAGGCCCUACAUUCUGAUUUCAAUCGUUUCCGUUCUGAAGAUGUUCCUCCACGGUUAGAAUUGAAGAACAGAGCACUGAGAUUAUUUGAUGAAAUUCAGAGUUUAACAACUGAGCCCUCCCAUAUGACUAUAGAAGAUGAACUCCUGCCUCAUAAUGUGUCCCGUAUGUGGAGCAGAUUUGAAGCAGCCAUGCAGGAGAGAGACAUGACCCUACAAGCUGAAGUCAUCAGGCUAGAAAGGCUUCAUAGGCUCGCUGACAAAGCCCAAAGAGACAUCCGGUUUAAUGAGGAGACAUUGGCAGAUCUGUCCCGAAGAAUAGAGGACACAGCACGUGGCCUUGACGUUAUGCAUCCCUUUGAAGCUAAACGUAACUGUGAUACAUUGGACAGAGGUCUGAAGGGUGUGGAGGAAGCACUCAGGGGGCUCUUUCGUGACUGCCAGACAUUGCAAGAUGGCAGUCAUCCUUAUGCUGAACAGCUUUAUAAAAGGGUUUCUGACCUGCAAGCUAGAGUGUCCAGCCUAAAAAACAAAUUGUAUGCUCAAGUGGUUCAUCCAUUGCUUGGCAGAUCUACAGAAGAAAAACAUUUUACCAAAUCCCGUGCAGAGGUAACAUCUGAAAGCAGGCUCUUAGAGACAAAUCCUGCUUUUAGGCAUGUCCAGGACUGUCUCAAUUGGGUGGAUGCCAAGCAGAGACAGUUAGAGGAAGCAGUGUAUGAUAGUGACAUGUCUAGAGUACACGAAUUAUUGGCUGCACACAGAAGAGAGCAUGAGGAAGUGAUAGCAUUCCGCUCUCAGAUAGACAAGUGUAUCAGUGAUAGAGCAACACUUUCGUUAGAAGAACAAAAGUUGUACACACAAAACCUUUCUAAAGUAGAGGUGGCUUACUCCCUUCUUUCGAAAACUUCCAGUCGUCGUUUACGGUGUUUAGAAUCUCUGCAGGAUUUCCUGCAAGCUGCUACAGCAGAACUGUUGUGGUUGGGUCAGCAUGAAGAAACAGAGCUAGCUAGAGACUGGGGAUCCAAGGAGCUCAAUUUAGUGGAACUAGAUGAACACCACAAGUCUCUAGUUCGCCAAAUGGAGUCCAGAGAAAGACAGUUUAAUGCUGUUCAAGAAAAAGGUGGGGCAAUGAUAUUAGACAGACAUCCAUGUGCUCGUACAAUAGAGGCCUACAUGUCAACCUUACAGUCCCAGUGGUCAUGGCUUAUCCACCUGACCUGGUGCCUGGAGGCCCAGCUCAAGUACUGUGUAGAUCACAACACCUUCUUUGAGGAAGCCCAUCACUGUGAGCAGUGGAUGUCUAGACAUGCAGAGCUCCUGAUGAAUAGGUUCUCCUCAGACAACAUUCCCAUUGAUCAAGCACAGAUUCUGCUGGCAGACUUAAAUGGUAUACAAGACCAAAUCAGAGAAUAUGACCGAAGAGUAUCUUCUCUGGUGGUAAAGAGCAGUGACAUCAUUCCUUUGAAGUUGAGAUCACAAAAGACAAAUGCCCCCAUUCGGAUCCGAACUCUCUGCCCUUGUCACCAACAAGACAUUUACUUGCAGAGAGGAGAGGAGUGUUUCUUGAUGAGCAAUUCCCAGAGAACCAAAUGGAAGAUCAAAACCAUGACAGGCCUUGAAGCUGAUGUUCCAUCUGUGUGCCUCCUGAUUCCUCCCCCCAAUCAAGAGGCUAUAGACAUAGCCAGCAGAUUGAAACUUCAGCAUGAGAGACUUGCAACCCAGUGGAAAACACAGCAGAGAAAAGUUCGCAUGGCUGCCAUAUUUGCUGCUGUUAAACUGGUCAAAAGCUGGGAUAUCAAGCGAUUUCUGGCCAUGGAUCCUGCACAGAGAGAGGCUGUAUGGCGUGCACUGAAAGAAGAUGGUGAGAAGUUAAUACUUGAAUGCGGCACAUCCGAUAGAGACAUGCGUAAAUUGGCAGAGGAGUUAAAGCAAUGUGGAGAAAUCUACCAAGAUCUGUGUGACAAAGCGGCUGCCAAGGAGGGUCAGCGUAGUGUAAGUACUGCCCAAAUAGUACUUCAACGAGUUGAAGCAGUUAGUAGAGAGCUGGGUGCUACUGACCAACAGCUGUCUACUUUGUUACACAGACCAUUGCCUCAGAACAACUUGUCAGUACAAGAAUCAUUCCGUUCCUACAGAGAAUUCCAAUUAAAGUUCGACAAGCAUGAGAAUGAGAUCCGUGUCCUUCAAAAGGAGGUGAAGGAAAUCACCCCCAGCAACUCAAAUAUAGAGUCUAAACUGAAUCUUGUGGUACAGAAAGCUGAACAAAUGAAAGUUAUUUCUCAUAUCUACAUUGACAGGCUGAAGGGCACUGAAGUUGUCAUACAAGGCAUGAAUGAGGUCAAACAACUCAUCUCAGAUUUUGAAGGUUCUUUAGCCUCACAUGAUAAUAUGACCUCUGACCUCUCUCAGUUGAAAACUGUCAAAAAUGACCUUGUGAGCCUUCAAGAGUCCCUGCAACACCAGCAUCCUAAAUUGCAGCACCUGAAGGAGGAUGUGGAGAAUUUGCGCUCCCUCGUGGAACAAAGUAGACCUGGUACUGCUAAACACCAUGACGUGGAAAGGGUGGAAAAAGAAGUGAGUGACCUGGCCAACAGGUGGGACCAGAUCUGCAUACAAACUGUGGAACGACUACGUAGUGUUGGGUCCUGCCAGGAUCUUCUAUCUCUUUAUCACAAUGGUCUCCACACAGAGCAGCAGUGGGCAUCUCAAAUGGAGAAGAGGAUCUCCUCUCAGCCUUCUCUUAAUGGUGAUGUAGUGGAUGCUAAGUCACACCUGGAACCAACCAUGGCCAUCUAUAAUGCCCUUGGUGACCACAGGUACCAGAUAGAAUCAGUGAACAGAUAUGGUGGUCAAUUCAUUCGUGAAGCCAAGAUUUCAGACAAAAGAUUAAAGCAGUUUAAAGAAAGUAUUGGAGACUUCAGCUCUGCCAAGGUUCCAGAGUUUAAAAAAUUUAAAAGCCAGGAUGGCGCUGAUGUGGUCAGAGAUGAGCUUGACCGCACCAACAGGUUAUAUAUGGAAAUGGUGGAUUGGGCCAACACCAGGCUCAAACAGAUCACUGAUAUUUUGUCCACUCAUGGUGACAUGCAGUUCCAGAUUGUUAUGGAUGAAGAUGUUCCUCUUUUGCGUACAUUCCGUGCUGAACUAGCCAAGAGAUCCUCUAUGCUAGUGGAUGAUGAUAUGAAAGAGUAUUUUACUCAACAGUUUGAUGGUCCAACUCCAUCCCAGGCCAGCUAUGGCACUCCACCAGCAGACCAGACUUUCAGGAGUUCAUUGGUCAUAAGGCCAGAACCUACAGCUUCACCUUUUGCUGAGUAUUCACAGGUCAUUAAGGUGCAGCAAAGGUUAAAGAACAUGGAUAAUGAGUCAGCACCUGUGAGUGGACCAAGUAUCUCUACCUUCUCUGCCACAAUGAAGGCUAUGGAAAAUGCCUCCACCAAAGUUCAGCCCCAGAACAUAAAGACUUUUGCCUUGAUCUCAGAGCCUGGUCUUCAGAAAACACUACAAGAACAAAGUGUGGUUACAAUUGAGAGAGGAGAGAUUGCCACCAGGGGUCAGAUAUUACAUGUGACAGCCAUUAUGAACCCAUUCACUUCUCAGAAAGUGACUCUUCUAGAGGCAUUACAGAGUGGGCUUAUUGACCCCAAAACAAAGACCUUUAUCAAUCCUUCAACUCGACUCAAAAUGUCUCUUGCUGAUGCCACAAAAAAAGGCUAUAUCGAUGAGGUCUUACUGAAACAGCUUACCUCACCUUGUGGUCUAACUGAUCCUCAAAGUGGUAAAGAGAUGUCCCUUUUAGAGGGUAUUCAGAAAAAACUUUUUGACCCAAGCAAUAACUCUUUUGUAGACUCUACCAACGGAGAGCAAGUGUCUGUUACUGAAGCAGUAUCAAGAGGUCUUAUAUCAGAAUCCUGCUCCAGACUACUAGCUGGAGAAACACUUGAUCUGUCAGCUGUAACACAUACUCAGGCAGUCUUUGCAUCAACUGUGCCUGUCAAGUUGCAGUCCGGUUUGAGUUUGGGUAAACUAAUUGAGAAAGGUCUUUACAGUGAAAUUACAGGGAAAGUGACAGAUCCACUCUCCAAGACAACUGACUUAACUGUCUUGGAGGCUGUGGAGAAAGGAUACAUCAACCCAGAUUAUCAAGAAAUUGAAGAUCCUUCUUCAGGGAACUACAUAACUUUAACUGAUGCUGUUACUGAUGGAAUAAUCGACCCAUUUAAAGGCACUUUCAAUCAUGCAUCUACAAAGCAGAAGCUAUCUUUGACAUCAGCUGCAAGCAAAGGUCUAAUAAGAACUGCCACAUCUUUGUCUGACCACAUCUCUCAGGGACACCUCACUGAUGAUGGCAGAGUAUAUGACCCCACUACUGGAAGAAUACUAACCAUUGCAGAAGGUAUUGAUAGUGGAGUUAUCAGCAAGGACAAGAAAUGCAUUCUUGAUCCAAACACUGAAAAGGUUUUAUCAGUGGAAGAGGCAAUUUCAUCUGGACUUAUGAUGCAAUCUGGGCUUUUUGUCAACAUUUCUGAUAAUUCCAAGCACUCAGUUCUGGAUGCAUUGAAGCAAGGCAUUAUAAAGUUUGUCCAUGAAGAUGUUGAAUUUUCCAGAACUGGUGUUAAAGAUCCCAAGAGUUCAGAGGUUGUAACUCUUGCAGAAGCUAUUAAGAGAAAAAUAGUGACUCCUCAUGGUACUUAUUUGGAUAGCAGGACUGGUCGAGAAAUGAGCCUACAACAGGCAGCAACAUCUGGCUUAAUGGACAGAGGCCUGGUGAAGGACCUCAGCAAGCCAACUAGCAUUAAGGAUACCCAUGGAAGAAAUAUUUCAAUAGCUGAGGCCAUGCAGAAAGGACUACUUGAUGUUGAGACUGGCACCAUACUAAACACUAAAACAAAUGAAAGGUUGAAAAUGCAGGAAGCAUCUUCAGCAGGCAUGAUAACUGCAUUGGAAGCAACAAAUAUUUUAAGUAUGAUUUGUCCAAUGAUAGUUUCUUCCACUGUAUACACUCACAUUGAGACACACAAAUCAGUUGAAACACUUACAUUCUCUCAAGCAGUUUCUCAUGGCUACCUUGAUCAAAACACAGGAAACUUCAGGGAUCCCCAGACUGGUGAGAUCAUGGGCAUAGAAGAAGCAAUUAGCAGAGGCCUCUUAAGACUGUCAUCAAAUUGGCCUACGCCACCAUCAUUGUCAAAGCAGCUCCAUGAAGAUGUCAAGUCAUCAGAUGUCAUGUCAGAAUCAUUCAUGACAGUCACCUCUGGGGACCAUACCAGAAGUAUCCCAAUCCAACCUGGUUCCCGAAAGUUGGAAUCCAGCUUUAUUACAAAGACUGACUCUCAGUACUCAUUGACAACAACUACCUUAGCUAAACCACUUUUUAGACAGUCAGUUAUCUCUGAAACCAGAGAAAUUAACCUUCUAUCUGUGAUUGACAAAAGGACUGGUAGAGAACUGAAUGUUGAAGAUGCUAUUAAAAGAAAGCUAAUUAACUUGGAGACAGGACAGUACACUGAUCCUAUCUCUGGAGAAGUUAUGUCUUUGAACAAAGCAAUAGAAAAAGGAUUUAUAAAGGCAGAGGAAAUGUCUGGGACUCAGAAGAAUGGAGCUGCUGUCAGGGAGACAAGAGCUUUUUCAAUUGUUGGUGUCAUUCAUCCCAAAACCAAACAACGUCUUACAGUUGGGCAAGCAAUAGCUGAUGGCAUUCUGGACCAGUCAAAGGGGCUUUAUAAUGGCCUGGAUGAAUAUGGAAAUCCAAAGUCAAUAAAAAUCAGUGAAGCCAUAGAGAAGGCAUUGGUGGUUGUUGAAGACAUUAAUGAGACGUCAGUGGGGGCUGAAUCACUGCUGAGGGAAACUAAAUCUUAUAUUCUAAAAACAGUUUUGCAUCCAAUUACAAGAAAGCAUAUGAGUGUAGCAGAUGCUGUCACUGAAGGCAUCAUCAAUGAAUCAGAAGGUGUCUACCUCAACUUUGCAACUGGGGAGAAGAUACCCAUUCAUGAGGCAAUAGAAAGAGGUUAUAUAUUUGCCCAACUUUCAUCAGUCACUGCAGACAUUGAAGCCAGUGUUAAUAAAUUAACCACAACAAAACUGGCCACUCUUUCUGUAACAGCAGUUGUAGAUCCACGUAAUGGGCAGCUUGUAACGGUCUCCAAAGCUGUAAGUGAUGGCAUACUAGACCAGGUGAAAGGUAUCUAUGUGAACCCCCAAACUGGAGAGUCCAUGACCCUUGGAGAUGCUAUAGAUAAACGAUUGGUCUUUGCAGAGUCACCUGAAACCCAGUCUAAUGACCCACUUGAAAAGGCAGAGAUCUCAAGUAUCCACAUCACAGAUGAUCAUGAAGCAUCCGAUGCUACUUUAAUGGAAGCUGUUCAUUCUGAAACUGUCACCAUGAGCAUCACUAGUGUCAUAAACCCUAAAACCAUGGAGAUCAUCUCUUAUGACAAAGCUGUUAGCUUGGGGGUUUUGAAUGUGAAGAGGGGUACAUACAAUAAUACACUGACUGGCGAGUCUCUCAGCAUCACUGCUGCUAUGGAGAAAGGACUUAUUCAUGGUGAGGUCACUUCCAAAAGAAGAGAUGUUGACAGCAUGAGAAGUAUGGUGUCUGCCUCUGCUCCUUUAUUUCUCAAAGAUAUUACUUCAGUCAUUGAUCCUAGGACCAAAAAAGAAAUCUCCAGAGACAAAGCCUUGAAAGAUGGCAUUAUCAAUGCAGAUAAAGGCACUUAUUACAACCCUGUAACACAAAAAGAAAUUGAUAUUAGUCAAGCCAAAGAUUUGGGAUAUCUGGUAUUAUCUAAAGCUUCUGAUGCUGCUGAAAUAGAACAGUCUCUUGAAGAAAUAGGCAAACGUGAGGCUCAACUUGCAUCUCCAAGGAUUCCCAAAGACUCCAAAAAGCCUUGGUCAAAAGUAGACAUUGAGUUAGAAAAAACAAUUUCUACUGGAGAAACUCUGAAAACAAGAUUCCCUGCUUCAGAAACACUUCAGUACACAACAGAUGUUGAACAGGAUUCUUUUGAUGGGUCUCAAAAACUCCCCUCAUCAGCUCCAGAAGAUCAAUCAUUAACUGUAGAUGUAAAAUUAAGAACUGCUGAUGGAAUGUCAUAUGCAACUGCUGCCAAACUUGGAUUGGUGAACCAUGAAACAGGAAGAAUUAGAGACCCAAGAACAGGGGAAUGGUUGACUCUGCAGGAGUCUAUUGAUAGAAAAGUAAUUGAUGCCAAAAUGCCCUGCUUAGUUGAUUCUGAAGCUGGAAACUCCAUGUCAUUGGAAGAAUGUAUCAAAAAGAAUAUUAUUAGCAUCCAAACUGGUAAGAUUAAUACCAACUUAGCCAAACAGUUAGGAUUCAAAGAGGAUGUUUUACCUAUCUCAGAGAGUGCCAAGGAUAGUAGAAAUCUGAUUGAUAGUGUUUCUGCUGGACUUUUCAAUGUAAUUACAGGAAAAAUACUAGAACCAGUUUCUGGACAACGCAAUACCUUACAAGAAGCAUUGGAUAAAGGGGUCAUUGAGGGAGAAUUGGUUACUGUCAAGGACACAUUGACAGGGGAAAGAAUCCCACUUAGCUUGGCUGUAAAGAAAGGACUCGUUAAUGGUAACAGGGCAGAAGUCUAUGAUACAGCACAAAGAACAACCAUGCCUUUACCAAUAGCCAUAGAGAACAAAUUAGUGGAAAACAAGUUCAAUAUACAGGAUUUAUCUGUUACAGACAACAGGACUGGUGAGCACAUUCCAUUGCGGAAAGCUAUAGCAGAAGGUGACUUGAAGGCUGAUUCAGUGGUCAUCAAAGAUACACUAACUGGUCAGCAGGUCACUAUGGAUGUUGCUAUUUCACGAGGUCUAGUGGACAGAGCUGGCAAUGUAGUUGAUAAGCAAACUGGCAAAAAGAUGUCACCUCAGGAUGCUCUGAAACUAGGAUUCAUGGCCAUAGCAGGAGCUCCCAUUGUUGCUGGAAAGAUGGUGGUUGAUGCAAUUAAAGAUAAAAGCAGCAGUCCAUCCAAAUCUGAUUCUAAUAUUUCAGAAGUAUUUAAAACAGAAAAGACAAUGGUCACAAAAUCUAUUGUACAAUCAAAUAAAGCAACUGAUCUUAAGGAUUCAGAAAUAAAAACAAUCUCUAUCAAACGAAAUGGUCCUGAUUCUCCAGUGGUCGGUGUUCUUGGACAGAAAGUUACAAUCACAUUAGACCCAGGCACUCCAGAGGCAACAUCUACUGCCAAAGUUGGGGAACCUAUUUCUAUUACAUUCCAAAGGAAAGGACAAGAACAAAAGCUGAUCUCACCUUCAGUUGAGUCAGAUAAAGUCACAUCGUCUUCUAAAGAGUUUACAUCAAAAAUAGAAUUUACAACUAAAUCUACUGAGUCCUCAAGAACCAUAGAACUUUCCCCAUCAUCGCCAUACAUCAUUCCAUCUCCAGUUCAGAAGUCUCCUCAAAUUGCAGAAGUACAGAAAUUACCAAUGACUCACACUGUCAUCACAAGUACUCGUAUUAUUAGCAAAGACACUGCAGACUCUAGGACUCUAAAUAAAGGGGAUGCCCAGGAUAAAACAUUUAGAGAGGCAUCCCUGGUCAAUCUGGAAAUAAACUGGGAAAAUGGAACUGUGAUGGACCAGGUGUCUGGGAAUAAAAUGACUGUCACAGAAGCUGUUCAGAAAGGAUUGAUUGAUUCAGACAAGGUGGAGCAUCUAGCCAUAAAGAGCACACAGAAAUUCCAGGUAAUGCCUCAGAUAGAAAUAAACUGGGAGCAAGGUACAAUCUCAGACCAAUCCACAGGAGAGUCAUACACCAUUGAAAAAGCACUGCAGAAGGGACUAAUUGAUGCUCCAACAGCAUCAGCAUUGGCUGUGGUUACAGAGAGCAAUGCUUUCAUCUCACCCAUAAAGAGCAGGAAAGCAGAAACUUCAGAAGAGCCAUACACACUAAACAGAGCUAUCAAAGAUGGAAGCUAUAGUCCAUCUUCAGGAAAACUCAUUGACCCAGCAACAGGAAUCCCAAUGUCAGUUUUAGAAGCUAUUGAAAAGAAUGUUAUUGAUGGAAAAACAUCAAGCAUUAUUGAUCCUCAGACUGGAAAGAAAACAAGUUUAAAAGAAGCAAUAGACUCUAAAAUGUUUGAUCCUGUGAAAGGAGAAACCAUUCACAAAGGUACAAAGGAAAGAAUUACUUUGCAAGAAGCUGAUAUUCAGGGACUUAUACCAGGUCAGGAAUAUCAAAGAACUACAUCCAUUAAUGAUAUACCUCCUAAAGUGCUUCCAAAAUCAAUGCAUAAGAGUGUCAGGGAAGAGCCAAAAAGAACAGAAACAUUCAUUACUGAUGAUACAAAAAGGUUAUCAUUUGCUGAAGCACUUGAUCAGGGGUUCAUAAAUUUAGAAAGUCAACAAUAUACUGACCCCAACUCUGGUCAGAGAUUGGCAUUGCUUGAUGCUAUUAGAGAACAGCUUAUUGACACUGAGGUUUUAUCUGGAGCUAUUCCUAGCAAGGGUAUUAAUUUAAUUCAAGCCAUAGAUGACAAUGUUCUUAAUGAAAGAACAGGAGUGUUCCAUGAUCCUGUAACUAAAGAAAACCUCACCUUCCAAGAUGCUGUGCUCAAAGAUAAACUUGACGGAAACUUGACAUUCUAUGAUGUGAAGUCUGGGGAAAUAUUUUCACUGAAUGAAGGUUUACAAGAAGGAAGAAUAGAUCCUAAGUCUGGGAAACUUUUGGAUGAGUCUAGUGGUAAGCAAAUGACUCUGAGAGAAGCAGCAAGGAUGGGUGUAAUAGCUAUUAUUGGUGCCCCAGUAGCUCUAGCUAUGGCUGCUAAAGACGCUUUAGAUUCUUCUAGUGAUAGAAAAAAGAAAGAUUUCUCUCAUUCUGAUGGUGCUGGCCUUUCAUUCCAAACAUCUACUGUGCAUCAAUUAUCUUCUGAUGUAAUUGAAGUGACUCAACUUGAACAAAGUGUCCCAGAGACCAGCUUUUCUGACUCCAUGACUCUCUAUGAGUCUGUCUCUAGUGGCUAUCUGAAUCCAAAAACUGGUGCUUUCAAAGAUCCCAGUACCAACAAAACCAUGGACGUUAGUGAUGCUAUAAUGACUGGACUAAUCAAAAAAGAUUCUGCCACCAUUAAAGAUCCUCACACUGGAAGGCAAAUGAAUCUUGAGGAAGCACUGAGGCAUGGUGUGAUAGAUGACAAUGGUCACAUGGUUGACCCCAUUUCAGGGCAUGCAAAAAACUUAGACCAGUGCAUCAAAGAUGGUAGUGUUCUGGAGACUCAAACAAAAGACAAUGUGGUAAUUUUUUCUAAGACUACAGAGAAGAUACAGGUAGAAGGGGUGUAUGACCCAACUUUAAAACAUGAUAUUGAUCUUGGAGAAGCUAUGCACAAAGGUAUUAUCAGUCUGAAAGAUGGCACCUAUAACAACCCAGACACAGGAGAGAGCAUUCUAAUAUCAGAUGCAACCAGUGAAGGGUUGAUCAGAGGCAUUGUUUUGGAUAAAUUGACCACCAAAGAAGAAACAAUAUCAGGCCACACAGCUGAUGUUGCUUUCUCCAAAAAGAGACUAUUUCAUGUUGAUUCUGUCACGGACACAGAAACUGGGCAAAGCCUUUCAUUACCAGAAGCUGUACGCCAGGGUAUCAUUGACAGAGACGGCAGAUACUUCAAAGAUAUGGAGACAGGCUCUGUCAUUCCUUUGGAAGAUGCUAUUUACAAUGGACUGGUAGAAGGUAAAGCCAUUGAUUCAUUGAUGCAGAAUGAUACCAACCUAGUACAAAGUGACACCAUUGCCCAGACAAUAUCUUUCAACAUCCAUUCAGUCAUUGACCCAAGUUCUGGAGUUGAGAUGGCAGUUUCUGAAGCUGUUGAUAAAGGGGUUCUCAAUGUAACUAAAGGAAUGUUCAUAAACAACAAAACAGGCCAAUCUAUUCCAGUAGAGGAGGCUGUGAAACAAGGUUACCUAAAAGGAAAAGAGAUAAACUCAUCAGAUGUUGAAUCACUACAUAGGGUAUCAGAAGAAAGUGGAAGAAAAGUGUUUGAUCCUGAAACUGAAGAUUAUCUCACUUGGAAUGAAGCUGUGAGAAAAGGCAUCAUAGACCCAGCAGAAGGAGCUUACUUUGUCACUCCAGAUCAAAGCAUUUCCAUUUUGCAAGGGGAAAGAGAAGGAUUAAUCACUAAACAAACAUUGACCAAACCCAAGUCAAUUCAAGAAAGUGCUUGUGAUAUCAUAUCUGUUUUUGACCCUGUUAAAGAUGACCAUGUCAGCAUUAGUGAGGCUGUAUCCACUGGUCUCUUAGACUUGAAAUCUGGAACUUAUAAUGACCCAGCCAGUCUUGACCCCAUCCCAGUACAAAAGGCUUUUGAACAAGGAUUAAUUAAAGGAAAAGUGAAACCCAAGCUAGCCAUGGGAACUGUAAACAUAGGAGAUUACAAGAUCAAAUCUGCUAUGGACACUAGGAAAAAUCAAUCGGUUUCUGGAAAGGACGCCAUGCUCAUGGGAUUACUAAAUAAAAAAACUGGUCAAUACAUCAACAAGCAAACUGGACAGAAACUAUCCAUUCCUGAAGCUGUGAAAAAAGGUCUGGUCAUUUUAGAGUCUGAUGUACCUGAGCCUGUAGUGACAUCUGUUACUCACAAAUCUAUGACAAUUGAAGCAAUAGUAGAUCCUGCAACUGGAAACAUGUUAACCAUGUCUGAAGCUAUUGGUCAAGGUAUUUUCAAUCCAGAUCAGGGUGAGGUCAUCAAUGUGCGAACUGGUGAACACAUACCACUGGACAAGGCAAUAGAUAAAGGACUAAUUAGUGCAGAGGUUGAAGAAAAUGAGAAGAAACAGGAAGUAAUUGUGAUAAAUGGGGUACUUAUCACUGAAAUCUCUGAUCCUGAAACUAGGAAACCUAUCCCCAUCACUGAAGCUUUAAGAAAAGGCAUUGUUGAUAAAGAAAAAGGACUUUACAAUGAUCCUUCAGGUCCUCUGCCUCUUAGAGAAGCUUUGAGGCAUGGAUUAAUUGAUGGGAAAGAUACAACUGAGGCAGGCUUAUCUGAGCAGAAGAAAGAAGAUGCCAAGCAAAUCAGUGUCACUAAAGUGAUGGAUCCACUUACAGGUUUAAAAAUAGGCCUGGCUGAAGCUGUGGAAAGAGGUCUCGUUGAUGAAAAUUGUACAGUGUUUAAUAACCCAGUAACUGGGGAGCAGCUAAUGAUUGAGGAGGCCAUGAAAGAUGGUCUAGUAGCUGGUACUGUUCAGACAGUCUCUAAGUCACAGACAACUGUCACUUCAAAGAAAUCCAUGGGCACCUACAAUAUAACAGGAGUUAUAGAUACUGAAUCUGGCCAGGAGCUGAGUGUUGAAGACGCCAUGUUGAAAGGUGUCUUAGAUCCAUCUGGUAAAUUUACAGACACUUUAACUGGGGAUGUAAUUUCUCUGGCUGAAGCAUUAAAACUUGGUCUGGUGCUGUCAGAAAAGCUUGACAAAUCUCAAAGGUCAAUUAUCCUUGCUGAUGAGCAUGUGGACAAUGAACGAAUUCCUUUUUUUGAUGCCAUGCAGAAAGGACUUAUUGAUCCCAAUGCAGGUACUUUUUUAGAUGAAGCCUCCCAGAAGGUGUAUUCCAUAGAUGAAGCUGUAAGGACAGGAAUGGUCCUAGCAUCUGAUGGGAGGCCUUUUAGCUACAAAGGGGUCAGUGACUCUGCUGGUUUGACAUACAGCUUCAAAACUGCUCUUCAGACUGGAAUUAUAGAUGCUGAAACGUGCCUCUUCUAUGAUAGCAUUUCAGGAGAAAAUAUCUCCCUUGAGGAAGCCUUGGAACUAGGUUAUCUUUCUCCCAUAGCUGGAGCUUAUGGUGUCAGAGCUGUGGGGGAUUCAGUUGUCAUUUUGAAAGAUGGCGUGGCACCCAGCUCUGCUUCAAAUCUAGAAGAAAUACUAGAUUCUAAAACUGGGGAGAAGCUCAGCUUGCCUGAAGCUGAAAGAAGAGGACUCAUUUCCGUAUUGGGCAAAGAUAACCAGAUACCUUUGAAUGAAGCAUUACAAGCAGGACUUGUAGACAGUGAUACUGGACUAUUUCAUGAUCCUGUUUCAGGUGAAACAAUGUCAGUCGACCAGGCUGUGCUUCUAGGAUUUAUAUCAUGUGAAGAAAACACUGAAAGCAAUAAUGGAGACAAUAAUGAUGACCAUCCACUUGUAAAUGGCACAGAAGCUAUGAACUUGGCAGCAGCAGUCAGCCAAGGACAUGUCAACACCACUACAGGCUAUUUUACCGAUCCUUACACCCAGGAAUCCCUGACAGUCACGCAGGCACUUAAAAAAGGAUUAAUUAAGCCAACUUUGACUGUUCAAGAACCCAUUGAAACCCAACAGUCAUCACAGGUGUCUACCAAACGCAGUGUUGUUGACCUUAAAAAGCAACCAAAAGAAAUAGCUUUUACAGAAGAUAAACAAAAAAUUACGGUUAAAGAUGACCUGAAAAAAGGUAGUUCUUAUAAGGAAACAAUUAAAGAAGAAAAAUCAUUGCUAUCACAAUCUUCUUAUAGUGAUCAAACUGUUGACAGCAAAGCACCCUCUAAUGGCAAUGUAAAUGAAACAGUAAACACUGACAUCCUGAAAGCUUCUAGACUACCAGUUAAGAAAGUGAAGUCCCCAGAUUCUCCACCAGUGAGAGAUAAUCAUGUUGUCUCUAUCAACUCUGUCCAAAUGCUUGGGGACAAUGUGGGCUGCACUAGUGAGGUUGGGGGAGAAAGAAUUAGCUUGUAUUUAAAUAGGAGUCAUUUCUUUAGUGAUCCCUUGCCAGAUUUGCAAUGCCAGACUCUCAUAGACAGAAGAACUGACGAGGAUAAGCUGAAGGAGAUAUUGCUGGCCAGUGAAAGACAAAGCCAGUUCAAUUAUCAGUCUCAGCAAAGCUCAAAUAGCAAUCAGAUAUUACAAAUGAAAGGCAAAGACAAUCAAUGCACUAUUUCAAAUAGGUACAGUGAUUGUUUACAAGACUCUAUAUCUGCCCUUGUGAAACCAACACAAGAUUCCAUUUCAGAUUCUGAGAAAAACUUCAAUAGUGUAAGUUUAGAUGUGAGUUCACUGAAAAUAAAUAGUAACAAUGGAGUUGAAAAUAUACAAUCUGAAGACAGAAUAACAAAAUGGAACACUAUUUUCUCUACAACUGAUGAGGAUUAUUCACAAGAAGAGGAUUACCAUUCCAUUCUUUUGUCCUUCACAACUAACUUACUGAAGAAUUUCUGGCUCCCUGACAUGGAAAAGAUUGUUCACCCUAAGAAAGGAAGUCAUUUGGGUUUGCAGGAAGCUUUGGGCUGUUCUGUGUUACCCAGAAUUCUUCAGGUGAGACAGUUUGUAGAGGAGGAUCCAGUUGGUGUCACAGAUGCUUUGGCUUCUGGUCAGAUUGAUAGCAAGACUGGACGAGUGGUGGACAUGAACUCAGGUAGUGUUUUAAACCUGCAAGAAGCAAUGAUGCAUGGCCUAGUGGUUGUACAGUCAUCAUGUGAGAGGGUUUAUGAGGAGCAUAUGGUAAGGUGUCUGAGGAGAGAGCUUGGCAGUGGUUUGUUGGAUGCAGUGACCAGAGGAGACGCUACUUAUACUAUUCACAUCAUUGACCAUAAAAGUGGUAAGAGAUUCAACAUCCCUGAUGCAAUCACAGCUCAAGUGUUUAACACUGAGACUGCAGAAAUAAAGGACACAGUUUCUAACAUAUGGCUGAGCUGGGAUGAAGCUUGUCUCAAGGGACUGUUGUAUGACUCUCGUCCUCUGUCUCUUCACCAGACAAUUUUGUCCCCCAAGUUCAACAUCAAAGAGGAUAGCUUUGUUGAUUCAGCUAAAGACAGUAACAAUGGCAUGUCACUGUCAGCCAUGGUUGGUGAAAGGUUGAUUGAUGUCACUAAAAAGGAAAUAUAUGAUGCCAAAAAUGAUGCAUGGCUUAAUGUUGAGGAAGCUAUAUUUGAGGGCAUAUUGGAUCCUGCACAGAACCUGUACUACCAUAAUAUUCUGGCUUCUUCAAUGCCCUUAUAUGAUGCCAUUGAAGCAGGUCUCAUAAAUGACCACUGUGAAAGCACACAUUUUGUGUACGAACACCAGUCAGAUAAUGAUGGUGAGAUGGAUAAGUUUCCAAUGACAGUGUAUGAAGCAAUCAUCAAUGAUUUACUGGAUGAGGAGACAAGUGAACUUCUUGUAGGUGAUGACAAAAUACCAUUUGCAACUGCUUUUGAAAGAAGUCUUAUAACACCUGAUCGAACAUUCAUAGUUGAACAGAGUACAGGACUAACUUAUGAUUUUAAGGAAUCAGUAGAUAUGGGCCUUGUUGAGAUGUCUACAGGUUCAAUGAUUGACACAUCCUCAGGGGAAAAGUAUACACUCGUUAGGGCUAAAGAAAAAGGCUUAGUUCGAAACACACCAAGACCAUUUUUAGAUAUUUCUGUUGCAGCAGAGUAUGGAAUUUUAGACUUUGAUGAAAAAAGAAUCAUUGACCCACAGACUAAGAAGUCCAUGACUAUCACUCAGGCCAUAGCUGAUGGGAUAAUUGAUCCUGGGUCCACUCUGACCCAGCAUGAUGACCGAGUCAUCACACUUCAAGAAGCAAUAACUGAUGGCAUAUUGAACAUUGAUACUCUUGAUCUGCUAUUGCCAGGUGGGAGACUCCAGUCAAUAUCUGAUUGUUUGGGUGUCCCAAAAUCUUACAGUUCUAGGAGAAGGAGCUCAAUCAUUGGUAGAAAAAGCAGCUUAACUCUGGAUGAAGCAAUUAACAGUGGCAUCUAUGACCCAGUUUCAAACUCAGUUAUGUCGAGAGAAGGAUUCCUUUCCCUUUCCAAAGCACUAAAUGCUGGGCUUAUUCAUAGUGAUUCUCUUGUCAGAGAUCCUUACAGUGGAGACAUACUUUCUUUGAAAGAAGCUCUGGAGAAAAGAUUGUUGGACCCUGAAUCAGGGAAAAUGAUUGAUUCCUCUGGGAUACCUAUAGCCUUAAAUUUUGCUUUAGAAAAGGGCCUUAUUUUAAAAUCAAAGGCACCUCUACAUUUGUCAUUGUCAGAGACAUUAGAUGAAGGUUUGUUUAAUGUGACAUCAAAUCAUUUUGUCAACCCUGAUACAAAUGAGGAGAUAGAUUUCAUGACAGCAUUGGACCAGGGCAUAGUAGAUGUUGAUCUGAUUAAAGUCAGAGACACUCGAACAGGUAGUAUUAUAUCCCUGGAGGCUGCAGUUGACCUGGGGCUUGUUGACUUAGAUGCUGGUGUUUGUCUUAAUACCUUGGAUGGAGAGAGAUACAACAUUGUAGAUGGCCUUGAUAAAGGUAUCAUUAUAGACACAACCAGCCAGCCUGCUAUGUCAUUGAUGGAAGCUAUUGAUGAAAACCUUGUUGAUAUUUCCACCUGUCUGUUCAGAGACCCAGUGGGACAGUACAGCAUGACUUUGAGAAAUGCUCUGGAAUCUAACUUUGUGGACCGUAUGUCAGUAUCAGUAAGAGACAUCAACAAUAGAACUUUAUUAACAAUUGAUGGUGCCAUUAGCCUCGGUUUGAUCAACCCAUGCACAGGAACCUUCAGGCAUCAAAAAUAUGAAGAUGGCAUAAGCUUUCAGGAAGCCUUUGAAAAUUGCCUCAUAUUUUCGGAUGCUUUCGUUCCAGAGAAAAGUUUAUUUGAGGCUGUGAGGCAGGGCUUGUAUAAUUGGAAAACUGGAAAAUUCAUUGAUCCAUCUUCAGGCAGAGUUCGAACUGUAAGAGAUAUGGUGUCAGAGGGAAUAGCAGAUCCAGACACAUUGAUGAUACUUGAUAGAAGAAACAAAAAAGUCAUAACAUAUCAUGAAGCAACUGCAAACAAGAUACUGGAUACUAAAGUAGGAAUGGUAUUGGAUACAGAGACAAAUGAACUACUCAAUUUGCGAGAGGCAAUGGAUAGAGGGCUGCUGCAAGAAAGUAUUAAGGCCAUUGCACUCUCAUUACAACAAGCUGUUGAUACAGGACUUUUGCAGAAGAAUCAUGGUAAAGUAAUGGAUCCUCUCUCUAGGAAAUCUCUAUCUGUGGAAAAAGCUAUUGACAUUGGUUUGGUGGAUGUUUCCCAACUCUUGGUCAGUGUCAAUGACAAUAAAAAAUACAUGUUUUUGGAUGAUGCUGUUCAUGAAGGAAUAGUUUUCAUUGAUGAUGACAAGUUGGUAUAUUCAAGGACAGCAGUUUCUCAUGACAUUGUCUCUGCUUUCAAUAAGAACAUUCUGAUUGAGAUUCCUAAAGGUGGCCUUCUUCUUGGUGACAUUUUGUCAUCAGGCCUGUAUGAUGAGUUACAUCAGCGAUUUAUUGAUCCUUUCAGUGGGAAAAAAUUGACCCUUGCUGAAGCUAUUACCAGUGGUGUCAUUAAUGAAGAAAAGCCACAGGUAGCAGUUCCUGAAGUUGGAAUAUUCUCACUUCAACAAGCUAUUGAUAAAGGCUUGAUUGAUCCCAAUACUGGUAGUUAUAUUGCUUCCAAUACACCUCUCACUCUGAUUGAAGCUGUUGGAACAAAACGUCUGCUUGUUGCUCAGAACAAACAAACAGAGGAAGAAUUCAGGAGAAGCAUGUCUUCCCUAGAUAGUUUUGAACAGUCACCUUCCCCUAUGUCUGAGAGGUAUUCUUCCCCAGUUUCAUCCAAGUCAUCCUUAACAACCUGCUCAAAAGAUACUGAAAGCUCAAUGGAUGUAGAUUCCUCUAACUCUAGUCAGAGAGCAGUUAGUGUGGUUUUGAGAGACUCACAGGCAGUAGAUGAUGCUGUAUGUGAAGAGGAAGAUAACAGCAUUAGUUGUUCCAGUAUUGAAAUAAUAAGGUCGAAUUUCUUAGUGAAUGAUCUGAAGGAUAGUCAUGUUCUCAACAACAGCAAUGAUAUGGGGAUACAGAGUGAACACUUUCCCAGCCCUUUUUCCAAACACACUGAGCCGAUUAACAUCCUCAAUCAUAUCAAUGAAUCUGUAUCAUUGCCAGACCAAAGUAUGACAGAUGUAGACAUGCUUAAUAAAAACAUAGAAAUAAUAACAGGCCUGUGCUGUAAUAGUUCUCAAAUAUUUCCAAAGGCCCCAGUAACCCCAUUGUCAAAUUUGCCAGAUGAUUUAAAUGUGAGUUUUACUGAAAGUGAGGCAUCCAUCCCUGUCAACUUUGAGCAAGAGGACACUAUUAAUCCAAGAGUCUAUUAUGAACGCAGCCACAGUGCAUGUAGUGAUACAAUUUGUAAAAGUUCGAAGGAGAAAGUGGAGGCUUACCUUAAAGCUGAGAGAUGUCACAGCACAAAUGAUCUAGAUGAUCACAGUGACAGCCAAUCUGCAUCAAGAAAGGAAGAACUGUUAAGAGACUUGCAGUCCAGGUGGAGCCCUCCUGCUGAUGAGUUAUCCGCUUCAUUGGAUUCAUUACUUCAGGAUGCUAUUAGAAAACAGUUAAUUGAAGAGAAACCAAUGUCUCUGUUCAACUCAGUGGAGAAGGGUGUUUAUGAUGAUGCAAGCUCAUAUUUCUGUGAUCCUGAAACUGGAAGAAUUUUAAACUUGUCAGAAGCUGUUGAUUGUGGCCUUAUUAAUGACACAGUAAAAGAAAUCAUUUCCUCUAUAUCUGAGCAGCCUUUAACCUUAAGAGAGGCCAUCCAAGCAGGUGUCAUAGAUGCUGAAGGAGGAAAAUUUCUAGAUCAGAGCACAGGAACUGUACUCACUUUGAAACAAGCUAGGGAUGUUGGCUUAAUUUUUAAAGAAAAAUACAGCCCCAGAAACACAGUUGAAAUUCAUGUUGAAGAUAUGUCUGAGCAAGGGAGGCGUCAAUUUGAAGAUGCUUUUUCCAGUGGAAUUCUUCAUCGUUCUAAUUCUCAAGUUAUAGAUCCUGAUUCUGUUCAAGGGAUUACACUCCGCAGAGCUGCCAGUAUGGGCUUGAUUGAUUUGAAAUCUGGGGACUUUAAAAAUCCGCAAACAGGUGAGACUAUGUCUUUGGCAACUGCAGUUGAAAGAGGCUUUAUACUGAGUCCACAAGGUCUCUCACUUUACAGUGCAGUUGACCAGGGUCUUUACUUUGAACUGACUGGUCAGUUUGUACAUCCAGAUACAGGUGCCGUUGGAUGUCUUCAGGAUCUGAUUGUGGAUAACAUUGUGACUGUGCAGCAUCCAGAAGUCAGGGAUAUGACGCAGGAGUGUAUAGUCACGCUGGGUGAAGCCAUUAAAAAGACUAUUAUUGACCCACAAAAAGGUGUCUUUGUGCAUCCAAUGUCCAAAAAAGGCAUCAAUUUUAAAGAUGCUAUCUCUGCUGGCCUGAUUAUUAGUACAAGUACAAGGGAGGGUUUGCAGGAUCCUACAAGACCAAGGCCCUUUAGCCCACAGCCUGACCUUCGUAGACAUAUGUCACCAUCACCUGGACCCAAUGGCCGAAGCAUGUCAUUGCCUUUUGUUCCAAUAAUUCAUCAUUCCUGCUCUGAUGUUACAACUAAGCUCUUACAACCCAUGCUACCACAUGGGAAAAGAGAGAAUGAGAGUGUAUUAGUCAGUGCUGUUGACCAUGUCAACAAUGAUUUAGCCAUUAAGGGAGAACCAUCUGUUUCUGUAUCUAAUGUACAUCCUAUUCAAGAAAUUGGGUUUCAGACCAACAGCCUUGAUGAGCCUCAAGAGAAUAGAUUAAUCGAAGAUCUUUGUGUUGUGAGUGGUGGGUAUUCAGAUGACCACACACCUAUUAUGUCAGAUAAUGAACUGGAGGAUGAUGUUAGUGACACUGACUCACAGUCAUCUACCACCACUACAGUCUUCCCACAGCAUACAGAGAAGAGCACAUCAGAUGUAUUGAACACACCAUCUGAGCUAGAUGAUAAUCUGGCUGAAGUAAAGGGCAGCUUCAUGGUCUGUCAAAAGAGCUUUGAUCAGGAUUCUGACAUAAAAAGUACAAGUUCUAGGCUAGAAGAAGAUAUUGUAAUAAAGAUAGAUCUGCUUAAAAAUUCUGAUAAACAAAGCACACAAAAAGUUGAAGAUCUUGAAAUGACUGAUGAAUCAGUACAUAACAAACAACAGUUAGUAAAGCAUACAUUUAGACCCAUGGAUGUAAAACAUGAAGAGGUUGAUCAUUUUAAACCUCUGCAAGAUAAUGUAGGUUUACAUCAAACUAUUAUAACCAACACACAUCAAAUCAAAGUGGAUGUUUUGACUAACACAGAUCAACCACAUGUAAAUAAUUUUCAGGAAUUGAAUACCAAUAAUUGUGAGGAAGUAAAAAAUCAUUCUAAUACACCACAUUUAGUUGUAACUGAAGGCCAACAGAACAAAGAUAGAAAUCAAUACAAAUUAUCAGUAAGUCCAAUAGAUGAAAACCAAACUGGAAUAACUCAACAGACAAGAAUAAAUCUACAGAUUCAGGCUUUUCAAAGUCAGGAAACUAAAGGCCAAAGUACUUGUAAGGAUAAGUUUGAGAAGUCAGAUGCAGAUGAGUCUAUGGUACUAGAAACAUUGAUUGAUCAAAGCAAGGGUAAAAAACAAAUUGAAGAAUUGGAAAAAACAACUUCUAACAAAGAACAGAAAAAAGAAUUGAGGAAGUCAACACAGAACAUACUGAAUGUAGAAACAAAGGAAUCAAUAUCAAUCAAAGAACAAAAGGUAGAAACAGAAUUAACAUCUGAGAAGGAGCAACAAAAUAAACAAACAAAAGAAUCAAACAAAGAACAUAAGCUAGAAACAGAUAAAAAACACCAGAUGGUAAAAUUAAAGGACUCAGCACAAAAGAAACAACCAAAUGGUGAAUCAAAGAAACCAUCAUCUAGUAAAGAACAAAAUGUAGAAACAAAAGAAACAAUGCACUUAAAAGAAAAGGAUGAUAUAAAGGAAUUAAAGCCUAAGAAAGAACUAAAGGAAGAAUCAAAUAAGUCAUCACCCAUAAAAGAACAAAAGGUAGAAACCAAAGAACCAACAAAUGUAAGAGAUCAACAAGAAGGAGAAAUACAAACAUCAUUUCAUGUAAAAGUAGACAAGAUUGAAGCAAAGGAAUCAACGUCAUUGAAGGAUCAUAAGGACAAAACAGAUGAAUCAACCUCAAAUAAAAAACAUCUAAUUGUAGAAGCAAAGAAAUCUACAGCAGAGAAAGAAGAAAAGUUAGAAACAAAAGAACCAAGACAAAAGAAAGAAGAAAAGUUAGAAACAAAAGAACCAACACCAAAGAAAGAAGAAAAGAUACAAACAAAAGAACCAAGUCGAAAGAAAGAAGAAAAGAUAGAAACCAAAGAACCAACACCAAAGAAAGAAGAAAAGUUAGAAACAAAAGAACCAACACCAAAGAAAGAAGAAAAGUUAGAAACAAAAGAACAAACACUAAAGCAAGAAGAAAAGUUAGAAACAAAAGAACCAAGACAAAAGAAAGAAGAAAAGAUACAAACAAAAGAACUAAGUCAAAAGAUAGAAACAAAAGAACUAAGUCAAAAGAAAGAAGAAAAGAUAGAAACAAAUGAACCAACACUAAAGCAAGAAGAAAAGUUAGAAACAAAAGAACUAAGUCAAAAGAAAGAAGAAAAGAUAGAAACCAAAGAACCAACACUAAAGCAAGAAGAAAAGUUAGAAACAAAAGAACUAAGUCAAAAGAAAGAAGAAAAGUUAGAAACAAAAGAACCAACACCAAAGAAAGAAGAAAAGUUAGAAACAAAAGAACAAACACUAAAGCAAGAAGAAAAGUUAGAAACAAAAGAACCAAGACAAAAGAAAGAAGAAAAGAUACAAACAAAAGAACUAAGUCAAAAGAUAGAAACAAAAGAACUAAGUCAAAAGAAAGAAGAAAAGAUAGAAACAAAUGAACCAACACUAAAGCAAGAAGAAAAGUUAGAAACAAAAGAACUAAGUCAAAAGAAAGAAGAAAAGAUAGAAACCAAAGAACCAACACUAAAGCAAGAAGAAAAGUUAGAAACAAAAGAACUAAGUCAAAAGAAAGAAGAAAAGAUAGAAACCAAAGAACCAACACUAAAGCAAGAAGAAAAGUUAGAAACAAAAGAACUAAGUCAAAAGAAAGAAGAAAAGAUAGAAACCAAAGAACCAACACCAAAGAAAGAAGAAAAGUUAGAAACAAAAGAACAAACACUAAAGCAAGAAGAAAAGUUAGAAACAAAAGAACCAACACAAAAGAAAGAAGAAAAGGUAGAAACAAAAGAACCAACACAAAAGAAAGAAGAAAAGAUAGAAACCAAAGAACCAACACUAAAGCAAGAAGAAAAGUUAGAAACAAAAGAACUAACUCAAAAGAAAGAAAAAAAGAUAGAAACAAAAGAACCAACACAAAAGAAAGAAGAAAAGGUAAAAACAAAAGAACCAACACAAAAGAAAGAAGAAAAGAUACAAGCAAAAGAAUCAACACCAAAGAAGGAAGAAAAGAUAGAAACAAAAGAACCAACACCAAAAAAAGAAGAAAAGAUACAAAUAAAAGAACCAACACUCAAGAAAGAAGUAAAGGUAGAAACAAAAGAAUCAACACAAAAGAAAAAAGAAAUGAUAGAACUAACAACAAAGAAAGAAGAAAAGAUAGAAACUAAAGAACCAACAUCAAAGAUGGAACAACAAAAGGAAGAAACAAAAGAAUCAACACAAAAGAAAGAAGAAAAGAUAGAAACAAAAGAACCAAGUCAAAAGAGAGAAGCAAAAGUAGAACUAAAUGAUCCAAUAACUAAAAAAGAAAUUUUGACAAAAGAUAUUAAAGAGCAAAUUGUCCUAGGUUGUAAAGAUGACAGUAUUACUGAACACCUAAAGGAAAAUAUUUUAAUUGAUUAUGCUCAAAAGCAACUUCUUAUUGAAAAAGGAAAAAAUAAAAUUUGUGAUCAGGAUAAUGUCCUAAGUGAGCCAGUUACAUUUUCACAAAACAUGAGUCUGUCUUCAAAUCAAACUUCAGAAAAUAUUCUGCUCAAUUCUGAAACGUCUGCUGAAGCAAGUGGUUUAAUCAGACCUAAGCCUGUUAUUCCUAAAAAACCCUUAGUGAGACUAAAUUCAGACGGUAGACAUGUUAAUGUGUCUAGCAGUGGAGCUGCUAGCAUGCUGGUCAGUCAGAAAGAAAAGUCAGGAGAUAUGCUUGAUAUUGAGCCAAUUAACCAAGCAGGACCAUCAAUGAAUGAAGAGAAUAGUGCAAGUAUAAGAAACACCCAACCAAAUAAUGAUAAUAAAGUAUCCUCAAAACCUCAUGAAGUUAGUAAUAGAAGCUGCAGUGACUCAAAACCUGCUCUGGCCCCAAAACCUUUACUUAUAAAACUGAAAGCUCCUAGCCCUAGUGUUAAUGCUAAAAUUACACUUAGCGAGACAGAAAUUUCUAAAGAUUCAGAGCUUGGAAAACCUUUUCAAAAGUCAGAAACUGAUAAAGAUUCUAGAACUGGAGAUGAUUUCAACAUGCUAGAAGCUAAAGCAUCUGAUGUUAAAUUUAAAGAUGUUAAUGUUGACAUUGAUUUGGGCUCUUCUGUUGAUGGUGAGCACACAAAACCUGAUCUAUCUCAGCAUAAUGAAAACUUACAUGCAACUGAUUUAAGUAAUGUGAGAGAGAAAUUCAAAAUUAAAGACUUACAAUCAGAUGGGGGGAAAAUAUUCAAACUUUCAGAUGACCUUAACACAACAGAAAUCAACAUCAAUCUUCGUGUUAAUAAUAUACAAAAGAAAAUUUCAUCUUCAGAUAUUUCUCAAAACAUUCCAUUGUUGUCUGACAUUUCAAGUCUUCUAGAUGAGCCCUUUCAAACCCAACAGAGUCUAAUAGUGGAGGAUAUUUCAACUUUGAAAGACAGAAAUGUGCUAACAACGAGCUCAGCAGUCUGUGAGGAAGUUCAAACUGGACACAGUUCAAACAGAAAAACUUCAACCACAGACAUCAUAGAAAAGAUUGGCACAAAUGGUUCAGUUCAUGAAGCAGUCCUACAUGAACAAAAGAAGUCAAUACAUUCCAAGAAUAUCAGCACUCUGUCAGACAAUGUUAAAAGUAUUGAAGAAGUUAUUCAGAGUGUCAGUGAUACGUUUAGUAAUGCACCAACUUUACAGCCUAUAGAGGUCAACAGUACAACAAACUUACAGCCUGUAGAGGUCAAUAGUACACCAACAUUACAGUCUGUAGAGGUCUAUAGUACACCAACCUUACAGCCUUUAGAGGUCAAUAGUACACCAACAUUACAGUCUGUAGAGGUCUAUAGUACACCAACCUUACAGCCUGUAGAGAACAUUAAUUCAGAACCAUUACAUAAUUUGAAACAUGAAAAAAAUAAGAUAGACACUGAACAAUUGUCAGACAAAGAAAAUGAAUUUUUCAAUCAGAAAGAUUCAAACAGUUCAGGAGAUGACAGUGUUCAAGAAAAAACAGAUUCUAUCAUGAAAGAGAGAUCUGGCAAGUGCAAAUCAGGGCAUAGGGUUAGGUUUAAGGAUAUUUCUCCAGAUACUGAAUUUAGUUCGUCUAGUGAAAGUUCAUUAGUUGGGGUAGAGGUAAUCCACUCUGGACAAGUAGUUUCGAAAGAAAACAUAAGUCAGGAUGUUAGUGCCAGCUCUGCAGAUGGACAAAAUACACAAUCUGUCAGCUUUGCACCAGAAUCACCGGUGAUGCCUCAAAGGGAACAUAUAAAGCGUUUGGCCUUUACUACUGAUCAGCAUCUACCAUCAGGUUUUUCAUCUUCCCCUUCAUCAUCUCAUGAUGAACAUGAAGCCAGUACACCAGAACUGGAAGCCCUCAGGCUGACAGACAAGCUUUUUAAGCUGAACCUAAAAGCUGGUACCACAGCCAGGGACAGACGCAAGGGUCGCAUGGGGGAUUCUUAUGAGAAACUUGUACAAGACAUCCAGUUUGACCUGCAAAAGUUACACAACUUUGAACAAGUUUUGAAAGAGGAAGAACAAAUGGGUGACGAAGCUUACAAAGUCUUGAGCUUGCUUCAGACUCACAGAGCUUUGCAUGAGGAGAUAAUGGCUCAUCAACAAGGGGUCCUCUCACUGGUGUACCAAGCUGAACAACUAACAGAACUCUAUCAAGAGGAACUUACACCAGAGCAAGUCACUGAUUUAGCCUCGGAGGCUGCAGGACUCAAAAAAGCACUAGAGAAGAUUGCCAAGAGUUCUGAUAGAAGGUUGAAACAUCUAAAGACAGCUCAUGAUGAGCUCUCCAAACUAGAAAAUGAAAUGGAUAAGUUCAAUGCUUGGAAGUCUACAGCAAAUACUGAACUGUUGAGACAAGAGGAAUGUCUUCAAAGAUUUGAGGACAUCAAACCCUUACAAGAAAAACAGAGAGAGUUACAUAGUGAUAUUGUGACUCAUCAAGCUGACAUCAGAUUUAUGUCCAUGGCAGUGCAGAAGUACAUGGAGGAAGCAAAGCUUCACAAGCUGGAAGUGGAUUCAUUUCGCGCUGACCGCCAACGCCCCACUCGCAGUAGCUUGAUAAGCAUGGAUCACAUAGCUGCUGAUAAUGUCAAGGAAAAGUUGAAAGAUGUGACAGAAGAUUACAAUGAUCUUAAAAACAGGUGCAACUCACUUGGUGAGUCGUUGAAUGACAUAAGCACCAAGCAGAGGAGUCUCAAUGAUGCUGCAUUCAAGAUGCUUUCCUGGCUGGCAGACACUGAAAACCAGUUGGCUUCAAUCAAGCAGGAGAGUGGCACACCUGACCCAGACAAGCUGCAUGGGCAGCUGGAGCGCAUCAGAUCUCUUAGCAGUGAAGUUUUGAGUCAAAGUAACCUGAUGGAUGAGGUCCGUAAAAAAGGUCAUGAAUUGACCAAUGCACUGAGUGGAUUGGCUGCUGAUAGAGAGCAGGUGGAGAAACUUGAACUGAAUGUGCAAGAAAUUGAUGCUCGUUAUGUUAAUGUUAAUGAGGCAGUAAGUGCCCAAGCUAAGCUCCUGCAGGCCACAAUAGCACGCUCUCAAGAUGUGCAUGGAGCUAUCUCUGACUUAAAAUCUUGGCUGGACUCUACUCAGGUUGCAUUGACAUCACAACAGCUGAUCAGCCUGGAGCUUCCUCUAAUAGCUGAACAGCAGCAACAGUUCAACAUGGUGGCAGCAGAUGUAGACACACAUGGCAGUCUUGUAGAGUCUGUUAGGCAAGCUACCCGUGAACUUAUUAAGUCAGGUGACCUACACAUGGCCAAAGCCCUAGAGCAGCAGCUUGCAGACAUAGAAGAUCAGUUUAACAGAGUCAGUCAUUCCUGCCAGGAACACUCAGAGGCUUUAGGAGAAGUAAAUAACAAGCUGAAGGUGUUCCAUGACAAGCUGGACACCACCAACACCUGGCUUCAGUCAAAGAUUGAUGAGCUUCACUCCAGUGACCUCAACGGGAUGACAAUCAAUGAGGCCUCACAACAUCUGGAUGUCAUUUCCACUGAAAAACAAAGGAAAGAAGAGGAAAUUGCCAAACUGUUAGCUCUGGCAAAAGAGCUAAAGGAAGAUGACAGGACAGGGAGUCCUGCUGCAAUCAAUUCUGCCGUGGCCAACCUACAGAGAAUGUCUGCAGAGCUGGAAGCUGCCCUGGGGGAGAAACAUGCAGACAUAGCUGAAAGAGAGCAGCAACAAAAUGAAUUUGAAUCUGCCAAGACUCUGAUGCAGCUGUGGCUUGCCCAGAUGGAAGCAAGGCUGGAUGAGUUUGAGCCAGUGGCUAUUGAAGUUGACAUUGUUGAAAAACAAAUAGCUGAUAUUCAGCCUAUGAUAUUGGAAUAUGAAGAUCAAGGAGUCAAAGUGGAUGAAGUGAAUGAUCUUGGCAAUUCAUUUGAUGCUAUGACUAGCUCAGGGGACAGGCCACUUAGCCCAAUCAGACGCCUUGGACGUUCUCGUCGCAUCCCUGGACUGAUGUCCCCUCGUUUACGCACCCCCUCCCCUACUUUUCCAAUGUCUCCUUCUGGCCUGAAGACCUCCAUGUCCAGUGAGUCCAGUGGGGUGAGCAGUAGGAAGAGCUCCACAGAGAACAUUUUGUUGGAUGAUUUGUCAGAGACCCAACAACAACUACUAGACAUUAACCAGCGCUAUGAGAUUAUUGGAGAAAGAUUAAUGGAGCGCCAACAGGAGUUACAACAAGUCCUUGCCAACAUUAAAACUUUCCUGCAGGACAUGCAGGAUGUCCUCACCUGGCUGGAUGACAAAGACAACCAAAUGAAUGAAUAUGGCUCUGCUGGAAUACCUGCCAAUGAAAAAGCCACCAAAAAGAAGUUGAAAGAACAUGAGGAAUUUCACCGUGAGCUUCUUGCCAAGGAAGGUUUGGUUGAAGACAUCCGCAAGAAAGCUCAAGAGCUAUUGAAAUCUCGACCUGGUGUACAGGGACUAGAGACCCUUCAGUCUCAGUUAACAGAUCUGGAUGACAAGUGGCAUGGUCUCAGGGCUAUGUCUGAAGAGCGUCGCAAGAGCCUGGAGGAUGCUGUCAGUGACUUGAGAGACUUCAGGGAACAUGAAGAGCAGCUAACCAAAUGGUUUGGUCAGAAAGAGAAACUCAUGGAUGUAUUAGGGCCCGUGGCCAUGGAGCCAUCAUUACUAAAGAGCCAAAUGGAGCAAGUCAAAGUACUGAAAGAAGAAUUUGCAACUCAGGAACCAAUCUAUGAGCAGUUUGUUAACUCUGGGCACUCCAUAAUGGACUGGUGUGAUGCUAACUCAACGGAUGGAUCUUCUAUCUCAAAACGAAUAGACACCAUCAGCAAGUCUUGGAAAAAGUUACAAACUCGUUUACAAGAAAGAGAAAAAAGUAUUGACUCAGUUCAAGGAUUGAGUGGUGAGUUCUCCACAGUAACAAGAGACUUGGCUAAUUGGCUCUGUGACUUUAGUGACAAGAUAGAUCACUUACCUAAGGUCAGCUCACAGCCAGACAAACAAAUUGCUCAAAGGCAAGAGUUAAAGAAAUUCGAAGAAGAGAUGAGCAGCAAAUUAACUCAGAUAAACAAAGCUAAAGACUUGUGCCGUCAACUUUGUGAUAAUGCCAAGGACCCAGCCACUAAAUCAGACCUUAGAGCAAAACUUACUGCAUUAGACAAAGAUAUCAAUGACACAGUGAAGAAAUUAGAGGCCAGAGCAAAUGCCAUAGAUGAAGCUUCAAAGGCUGGUCAAGAAUUCACUGCCAGUUGCCAGCAGAUGUUGUCAUGGAUUCAGUCUACGUCUGGCACUGUCAUGGAUUCACCAGCAUUGACCAGUGAUCCUGACUUGAUACAAAAGCAAGCCAUGGAAACAAAAACUUUGAAACAUGAACUAAAUGUUAAGGAAAAAGAGAUCCGCAAUCUACUUGACAAAGGCCACAAGUUUAUUCAUGAGGCUUCACCCACUGCAGAGACUAUCGCUAUCAAAGAAACUUUGGGAAAGCUGGAGGCUGAACUGGUGGAACUGAAGGAUGUGGUCAGCGAGCGUGAAGAUAAGAUCACCUCAGCUGCUACACAUGCCCAAGCCUUCCAACAAAGUCUAGAGAGACUGACUUGGUGGCUAGGUACAGCAGAGGAGAAAUUGAAGAAUAUGGGGCCAGAGACUUUUGAAAAGGCCAGCGUGGUAGCUAAAAUGAAGGAGCUACAGUCUUUGCAGAAUGAGUUUUUGAAGAAAUCCCAUGACUAUGAGAACUUUAACAAGGAAGCUGAUGCUCUUUUAGAAACUGUAGAAGAUCCUCAUUCUGAUCUGAAGGCUCAAAGAAAUGAUGUGAACAAGAGAUGGGAUGCUGUCAGUAAAGGUAUCAGUGAGAAGACCCAGAACUUGGAAGAUCUCCAAGGAUGUUUGGCAGAGAUAGAAGACAACUUGUCUGAUACUAGGCACUCAUUAACCAGAUGGGAAGACAAGCUGGCUGCACACAUGGACAUGGGCACACCGGCUAGAGACCCUAAACACAUUGAUAAAAUCAAGGCUCUUCGUGAUGACAUUGCUAGUCUCCAAACUAACCUGGACUAUCUGGACAAGGCAGUAAGUGAUUUGAAUCAGAAUGAAGAAGCAGACUCUUCCAAGCUGAAGGAAGCUGUCAGUCUGCUGAGGAACAGACAAGAACAACUGGAGCUUGAAGUGGGAGAACUUCUCUCCAACAUGGAGACAGGCUCAGCCAUAGUAGGUCAAUUCCAGGAAAUGAUGAAGAAAGCAGGCAGCCUGUUGUCUGAACUAGAUAGUGAUUUUCUGAAGUUCUCUCCAGUAUCCAGAGAUGAAGAUGAGCUUGAUGGCCAAUUAUCUGAAAUGAAGAAAUUCCAAACUAAUUUAUCCAAUAGUAUUGAACCUUUGACUGACCUAAAAGAACAAGCUCAAGACCUUCAACUGGCUGGCUUUGUUGCUGACCCUGAGUUACUGAACGCCCAGGUGGAAGCUGUCUUAGCACAGAAAGAUCGUCUGAAGGACAAAGCUGAUCAGAGACAAGCUGAGAUAGAGGAGAAUCUGGACAAAGUGAAGAAGGUAAAUGAAAGACUCAAGGCCUUGCGACGCAAUGUAGACAAUGCUGUAGUGAACAUUGACUCCAUGAAACCUGUGGGAAGUGAUUCAAAUCAGAUCAAGGAUCAGAUAGAAGAACUCAAGAAUUUCAACAAAAGUAAAGUUGAUCCACUACAAAAAGACCUUGAGGUUCUCAAUGCUGACAUCCAGAGCCUCAUACAGUCUGUACCAUCAGGGAUCAGUGCUGGUGGACUGGAUGAAGAUUUAGAAGCCUUGCAGGACAGGUGGUCAGAUCUGAGUGAAAAGGUUUCAGAGAGAGAGAGAAAUCUAGACCAAGCACUAUUACAAUCUGGCAAGUUCAAAGAAGCACUAGCAUCUUUGAUUGGCUGGUUAUCUGAAACUGAAGAAACAAUAGCCACUCAGAAGCCAGCUUCCCCAGAAUAUAGAGUUGUGAAGGCUCAGCUGCAAGAACAGAAGCUUCUUCACAAAAUGAUAGAUGACAGAGUUCCAAGUGUAGCUUCUGUCCAAGACACAGGGAAACAAAUGAUGUCUGGAAUGGACACUCCUGACCGCAAGAAGAUGAAAGAUGAGCUGAAGUCUCUGGAAAAGAGGUGGUCAGCCAUGACCAGCAAUGCCAUGGAGAGGAUGAAGAUACUUGAUGACAUGAGCAACUUAUCGAAACAUUUCCAAGAACUCCAUGAACCCCUAGCAGUUUGGCUUGAUCUGAGCAACAAAAAGUUUGCCUCUCUAGAGCCAAAGUCUCCAGAUGCAGGAGGAAUUGAAAAAUUGAUCCAGGACUUAAAGCACCUACAAGAGGAAAUAACCAAACGUGAAAGUUCUGUGAAGGAAUUGGCUGCACUUGGCAAACAACUUCAGGAAUUCUGUAAAGGUGAAGAUGUUGUGAUUGUUCAAGUCAAGAUUGAUGAGGUCCAGAAACAGUUCAGUGAUUUGAAGAACAAGGUUGAUGACUCUCUGGAACAGAUGGAAGAAGCCCUGCCCCUUGCCCAGAACUUCCAGCAAGCUCACCAGAAGUUUAUUGAGUGGGUGGCCAAUGUAGAACCUGGCCUGAGUGGACGUGACUUGGGAACAGACACAGAUGAGGGCAUCCAGAAUCUUCUUGAACAGCUUGAGGCUGUACGACCUUACAUGGAGGUACUGAACACUGAGGGUAUUGAGCUGGCAGAGGUAGCUCCAGGAGAUGCAGGUCUCCAUGUAGAGGACAUCAUCAACAAGGACAACAAGAGAUAUGAGGCUGUCAAACAGAUGAUAGAGAAGAGAGCAGACAAAGUGAAGAAGUCUCGAGAGAAAUCCUUGGAGUGCAUUGAUGAUCUAGAUGAACUAAUAGAGUGGUUUGACAAGGGAGAAGAAACUGUCCAAAACAUGCCUUUAAUAUCUGCCAGCCCUAAGGAGCUACAAAAAGAAUUAAUUGAAACCAAGGCAUUCAAUGAGGAGAUAGCCAACCAGAAGGUUAAGGCCAGGGAUGCCAUAACUGCAGGCAAGAAACUCCUAAGAGAAUCAAGUCUGGAAGAUGAGAAUACCAUCAGAGAAAAGAUUGAUCUGUUAAAGAGCAAGUCUGAUGUCCUGGGGUCUAUGAUAGCUGAACGGCUAAGUGAGUUGGAGCAGGCUGUGCCCCUGGCCAAGUCAUUCCAAGAAACCCAUGAGGACCUGGUCACAUGGCUAGCAGAAGUUGAGCCAGUCUUAGCAGAGCUAGAGGUGAUGACUGUUGAUGCCAAUCAAGUGAAGAAACAACAAGAGUCAAUCAAGGCUCUGAAACAAGAAGUUGCUGAUCAUAAACCUGUGAUUGAUAGACUGAAUAAAACAGGCUCUGCCCUUGUUCAGCUGGUGUGUCCAGAAGCUGCCACUGAGGUGCAGAACAAACUGGAUGAAGACAACAAGAGAGUGGAGGUAGUCAGGAAUGGUGUUAGAGAGAGAUCCAACUCCAUAGACGCAGCUAUGCAACAGUCUGCUGAUUUCACUGACAAGUUGGAGGACAUGUUGGAGAACCUAACCACGACCUCCGAGUCUGUUCUGAACACAGAACCAAUAUCUGCUCACCCAGAGAAGAUCAAAGAACAGAUUGAAGAAAAUAAGAUGAUGGAUGAUGACUUACAAACCAGAUUAAAUGCUUUGGAGUCUGUGAAAGAAGCAGCUGAUGAACUGCUCAAACAGGCUGGAGAUAUUUCAGAUCCUGCAGUCAGAGAUGUCCACCAGAAAUUGGAAGAACUGACCAGAUUGUUCAAUGACAUCCAAAACAAUUGCCAUGAACGGGGAAGAGCACUGGAUGACACUCUGGGUGUGGCUGAGAAGUUUUGGGAAGACUUGAACACCUUGUCUGGCAGCAUCAGAGAACUUCAAGAGAAUCUGAACAAUCAGGAGAAACCAGCCCUGGUACCUGAAGCCAUCAGAGAACAGCAGGAAGAAUUAGAGGCCUUUAGAGAAGAUCUCAUUGCUUCCCAGGCAGAUCUUGAAGACCUCCAGCACACAGGUGACCAACUUAUCUCACUUGUUGGAGAACCAGAGAGGCCAGAGGUUAAGAAGAAUCUAGAUGAGACAGAGGUCACCUUGAACACUAUCAGUGAACAGGUGGAGAAAAGGUCUAAAGAUUUGGACGAGGCGUUGGACAAGGCUGUGACAUUCCAGGAUGGACUCCAGAAGAUGAUGGUCUGGCUCCAGACACAAGAAGAUACACUGAAAGACAUGGAGCCUGUUGCCAGUGAAUAUGAAGCUAUCAAGUCGCAGUGGAAUGAUAUAAAAGUUUUCAAAGGAAUCAUAGAUCCUCAACAUGUAGCAGUAGAAGCUCUUAACCAACAAGCUGAAGAGUUGUCCAGAGACUGUACUGCUGAACAAGCUGCAGUGGUCAAAGAACCAGUGGCUGAAGUGAACAUGAGAUGGGAUGGACUACAGUCUGAUGUAGGAGACAGGCAGAGAGAGAUUCAGAAAGCUUUGCUUAGCCUAGGCUAUUUUGACCAAGCCUAUAAAGACUUCAAAUCUUGGCUGGAGACUACAGACUUUACACUGGAAGAACUAGAAAUAAUUUAUGGGGAUCCUAAAUAUCUUGAAAUAGAACUAGCCAAACUUAGAGUAUUAAACAAUGAUAUUCUGGCUCAUGAAAGUAGUCUGAGCUCUCUCAUUGAAGAAAGUAGAAAAAUAAUGGCCAAAGAGAAAGGAGCAGAAGCUGCUAAAAUGAAAUCCAAAAUGGAUGAGUUGUCCAAUGAAUGGGAUAAGGUCAAGGAGAAAGCAGCUGAAAAGCAGUCCUUGUUGGAAGAUGCAAGGCGAGAGGCUCGAGGCUUCACUGAGGAGCUUCAAGACAUUCUUGUUAAAAUCAGUGACCUUGAUAACCAAAUGAUUGCAUCCAGACCAGUGGGAGGCUUACCUGAGACAGCCAGAGACCAGCUUGAAAAGUUUAUGGAUGUCUAUGCCAACCUAGAAGGGGUGGAGGCUGCUGUUCAAAGCCUUCAGCUCAUGUCUGAAAAACUGGCUGCUAAGAGUGAGGGUGGCCCAGCAUCUAGUAUCAAACACAGCAUGGCAACUUUACAUCAGAGAUGGGAUCACUUGCGCAACAGGGCAGCUGAUAGAAAGAAAAAAUUGGAAGAUGCUGUAGGUUUGGCUGGAAAUUUCCACUCUGAGCUUAACAACUUCAUCAACUGGUUAACAGACACAGAGAAAACCUUGAACAACUUGCAGCCUGUCAGUAGACUGGUGGAUAGGGUCACUAGGCAAAUAGAGGACCACAGGGUAUUACAAAAAGACGUGAGUGGACACAGAGAGAUUAUGUUUGCACUGGACAAGAUGGGCACACAUCUCAAGUACUUUAGUCAGAAGCAGGAUGUCAUACUCAUCAAAAAUCUCCUGUCUAGUGUCCAGCAUAGGUGGGAGAAGAUAGUGUCUAGGAGUGCUGAGAGAACUAGACAUUUGGAAAGAGGUUAUAAGGAAGCCAAACAGUUCUAUGACUCCUGGAGAGACUUGAUCCAGUGGCUGACAGAAGCUGAAGUGGCACUUAACUCAGAUACAACCAUAAGUAAUGAACCAGACAAGAUUAAAGUACAGAUGGCCAGGCAUAAAGAGUUCCAGCGUCGUCUGGGUGCCAAACAACCUGUGUAUGAUGGCAUCAACAGGACAGGUAGCACCCUUCAGACCAAGUGUCCUGGUGAUGACAAGCCAGCCAUACAGUCCCUACUCAGUGACCUCAAGAACAAAUGGAAUGCUGUGUGUGGCAAAUCAGUGGACAGGCAGAGGAAGCUUGAAGAAGGACUGCUGGUCACUGGUCAGUUUAAUGAAGCUCUCCAAGCAUUGCUGGACUGGCUAGGCAAGAUGGAACCCACGCUAGCAGAAGACACACCAGUACAUGGUGAUGUGGAUACAGUCAAUGGCUUCAUUGAUAGUCACAAGGCCUUCCAACAAGAACUUGGUGCCAGAGCUACCACUGUCCAGUUUGUGAAAAGGUCAGCCAAGGAAUUAAUUGACAAGUCAACAGAAGAUAUGUCACAUGUCCAGUCUCAGCUGAUUGAACUUUCUGCAUUGUGGGACCGUACCUGUCGGUUGAGUGUCAGCAAGCAGGAGAGACUAGAACAGGCUCAAAGACUGGCUGAAGAGUUCAAUACUAAAGCUCAUGGUUUGUUAGACUGGCUGGCAGACUCAGAGAGACAAUUGAAAUUUAAGGCUGCUCCGCCUGAUGAUGAAUCUCAAAUUAUGCAACAGAUAGAAGAGCACAAGAAAUUUGAAGAGUCCAUGUUAAGACAAGAAACUACAUUAAGGGAAACUUUGAACAUAGGACAAGACAUUAUGAAACGUUGUCAUCCUGAUGCUGUGUCUACCAUGAAGCAUUGGCUGGGAGUCCUCAGGACCCGAUGGGAAGAUCUGAUGGGCUUGAGCAGACAGAGGCAGAAGAGACUCACCAUUGCUUUGGCCACAGCCAGAGAGAACAAUACAUUGCUGGAUGAUUUGAUAGCUUGGUUGAAUUCAGCAGAGCUUAAACUCACUGACCAGGCCCGGGAACUCAUACCACAAGAUCUACAGAUCAUACAGGAUUUGAUUGUCCAGCAUCAGGACUUUCAAAAUGAUAUGUCAUCCAAACAACCUGAAGUUGACCGCUUGACAAAGGCUGACAAGCGAAAGUUUGGUUCAUUGUCUGACUCUGUUGGAGGAACAUCUCAAAUACCAGUGUUUAGAGGGACAAGAGGAUCCAAGAUUCCCACCAUAAGAGUUGAUGGUGCUCGUACACCUGAUCAUUUUGGACGCAGGACACCAGAGCAUUUCUCAGGUCGUAGAACGCCAGAUGUUUCUGGACGCAAAACUCCAGAUGUUUCAGGUCGUCGCACUCCUGAUGUGUCUGGUCGCCAGACACCUGACUACUCUGGAAGGAGGACCCCUGACCACCACUCUGGUCGUCGUACUCCAGAACUUGGCUUCCACAACCCACGUGUUGGGGCUUUGUUUAACAAAUGGAGGCAGGUCUGGCUUAUGGCCAUGGAGAGACAAAGAAAGCUGCAGGAUGCCUUGGACUAUCUCAAUGAACUUGGAGAAGAUAAGGUCAAGUUGGAGAGAUUAAAGAACUUUGAGUUUGAAGAUUGGAGGAAACGCUACCUACGAUGGAUGCACCACAACAAAGCUCGUAUCAUGGACUUUUUCCGUCGACAAGAUCGAGAUAGAGAUGGGCGUGUGACCAGAAAAGAAUUUAUAGAUGGCAUCCUUAUGUCUAAAUUUCCAACAUCCCGCCUGGAGAUGGAAGCAGUGGCAGACAUUUUUGAUAAAGAUGGAGAUGGUUUCAUUAAUUACAAGGAGUUUGUUGCAGCCUUGAGACCAGACAGAGAUCCUAAGCCAGAAACAGAAUCUGAAAAGAUUCAAGAUGAAGUGAAACGUCAAGUCUCUAAAUGUACAUGUGUCAAACAAUUUAAAAUUCACAAGAUUGGGGAAGGCAAGUACAGGUUUGGUGACUCACAGAAACUUCGAUUAGUUAGAAUCUUACGCAGCACUGUCAUGGUCAGAGUUGGUGGUGGAUGGAUUGCGUUGGAUGAAUUUCUGGUUAAAAAUGACCCUUGUCGAGAGUUUGUUGAAAUCGCUGUUGGCCUAUGGCGCCGCAAACAGUUUCGCCUAAAGAGACGCUAUCUUCACCAGAACACAGAGGAGUCCAAGGGCCGCACCAAUGUAGAGCUGAGAGAGAACUUUAUUCUAGCCCAAGGUGUCAGUCAGUCUAUGGCAGGCUUUGUAUCCAAGUCUCCCGCAGGGAGCUCACAUUCCAGUGGUUCCUCUUACUCAGGCCGCUCUAACAGUACAGCCAGUGGCCCCAUAACAAAGAUUCGAGAGAAAACAGUUCACCAGUCACCAUGGAAACAGACUUCCAAAACUAUGCCAGAUGGUGAAGUGCACCAGAUAAUGGAACAUUUGGAGCCUGAUGGAGCAAAAAUUACAAAACUUAAGGUGACACAAGAACUUAGAAGUCCAAGAACAUUACAAAGUCCAGUGAGUGGUAGGUCAAGUCGAGCCAGUAACAGUAGUCGACCAACAAGCCGAGCAGGUAGCGAAGCAUCCGAUGACCAGCCAGAGGUGUACACUACUGUGCAGUCAGAAAAACGAAAUGUAGGAGGUCGCACUGACACUACUGUCACAUACCAAACACAUAUGUUACAAACCAGAAACGUUACACUCCCGACUGUGUCAACAACCAAAAUUUCCAGGAUACCAAAGGUCUCACCCACAAAGAAGAAAUGAAAAAGAAAUGUUUCUAGGUAAUAGACCCAAAUCACACUUUUUUUUUUACCCCUUGUAAUUGUACUGCCUCCAGAACGUCUUUCAUAGCUUAUUUAUGUGGGUAGAAUACUUGGAAGGAUUCAAAUGACCAUAAAGGUGUACAUAUUCUUAACUGACAUUUGUCAUUGAUUCAAUCUUUUUUUUUUUUUAGUAAAUUUGAAGUUGUUUUAUUUUAUGUCUUUAUUUUAUUGUUUACUUUAAAGACAGAUGGAGUUGUUGUUUUUUUCAAAACAUGCUACCUGAAUAUGUUGUGACUCCUGAUUGCCACAUUGGCUAUUCGAUGGACCAAUUAUGUUUCAUGCUUUCCUGUAUUGUGAGUUGGCAUGCUUGUUUUGUUUUAGACAUCAAAUGAGUUUAAACGACAACUAAAUUAUUGUAAACUAUUUAUUAGUAAAGUCCCCAUUUUUUGUUCCGUUUGUCAGUUCUUGUAAUUUGUAAAUAUUUGACAAUUUUAUCCUUUUUUUUUUAACUCUGUAAAACUGUGAAUGAAAAACAAGAAAUUGUUAAUGUUUUUAUUGUUUGAAUUACAAGGUCAAUGUAUUUAGUUGUAUGCAAGUAAUUUUGAGAUAUUUGUACACAUGGAAAAAAUAGUUGCUUAGACUGGCUUGCAUGUCUUUAAUACAAAUGCUAUUUUUAUCUGCAAUCUAUUCAUUUUAAAUGAAUACAUUUUUAUUUUUUAUAUUCUGGAGCUGAUUUGAGAAUGAGAAUGUAUUCUUUCUAUUUUGAUUGCCAUAGUCCCUAAGUAUUUGUCUUGAUGUAGACUGUAGAGCUUGAAGAUAUUUAAUUCAAUGAAUGUAACAGGUUAUAUAUGUUUAUACAAUUAUGUGGGGAGACUUAAUAACAGUUCAACUAGAUUUACUUGAAAGUCCUGUAAGCACAAGUUAUUAUCUUGUUACACUCAUGAUACUGCACUAUUCUAACCCAACUUUGUUACACUAUAACAAAUGAUGACUUGAUGCACUAGCCACAAGAGACUCACCCCAGCAAACAGUAAUUGGGAAAUUCUAAAUGGAAGUGCCAUAACUCAUGCUGUCUGCUCUCAGCUUUUGGGGGAAAAAACUGAGAGCUAGAAUGGUUUGAUGAACUGGUACAUUAAUCUUGUUCGAUAAGGCUGUGUGCAUAUUGUAUUCAUUUUUGUAUUUAUAACUUUUAUUGAUCAGUAAAAAAAAAAUAUAUGCUUUGUUAGUGUAGAAAGGGAGAAGGAAUUAUUUGAUUUUUAUUGUAUUCAAUGCUUUCGUAUAAGAACUAUUUACUGAUUGUGUGUAAUCUAUUAUUUAACUUUUAGUAUUCAACUGGUGCUGAGUUUUAAUCACAUACCUUUUGAGUUCAAUGCAGAAAACAUUCUCUCUGCACUAGCUUUUAUUUAUACACAUAGCCAUUGUUUUUAAACACAGAUUUACAAGAAAUAGAUAUAUUAUUAGAUCAGGAAAUAUUUAAACAUCCAUUUUAAAUACAUUUUCUUGUAGAGUUUUAAAAAUCUCUUAUUAAUUAGCUUUUAGUGGAAGUACUUUGAAAUUCAGACUGCUCAUAAUCAUGAUAGUCUAGAGUUUCAAGUUUCUGUCAGAUGUUAUAUCAAUGUCAUGUCAUGUUCAUAGAAACACAUUUGAUCUAAUCAGUACCACUUAUAUAUCUACAUUGGAAUGGCUUUUAGACAGUUUGUUAAAGUUGUACCUUUUAACAAAUCAAACAAUAAAUGAUUAUGAUGUUUAGAAACUGUAUAGAAUAAGUGCAAGGACUAUAUCUCAAUGUUAUAUUAUCCCAUUAUUUUUAUUAUUAAAAAAUACAUUACUUGUUAUAAAAAGCAGUAAAAGAAUGUUAAUACUACAAUUUCUAUAGUAAAUUUAUACCAGGUGAGGAAAGAAAAGGGAAGGGGGGUGAGUAAAGUUGAGCCUGACUAUCAGUUAGCUUCUGUGCUUUAUAGUUUUGUUUUAACUAGCUGUGCAGGCAUAAUUGUUCAAUGAUGAGGCCAGUGUAUUUGAUUGUGAAGAGAGAGAAAGUGAUAGUGGAUUGUAGACAAAGAGAAAGGUGAUAUUUAAAACUUGAUUAUCUCUUAAAGCAAAAGAUUACAGGCUUUGUCUGCUUGUGGCACUGACCUAUAUUUUAAAACUCAAUGUAUUGUAUGUUUUAACUGCAGGGCUACUGCGUAGGGGAAAUGUCUGUCAAAAAUUCAAUGUCAAUAAAUAAAUAUAUUGAGAAUCUCA